AAAGGCACCCAUUGGCUGAAGUUCUCAGCAGCUAAAUGAUCAAAAGGCUCUUUGUUUAAACAAGCACACCCUGCCAAACUGAAAGAGUUGGACAUCAAUUCAUCAAACAUGAUCCCACUUCAUCAGACGACCAGCAGAAGAAGGUUGGACCAUAAGCAGGAGGCAGUCUGCAUUUUUGGCACUGGGGACUUUGGCCGAUCUUUGGGUAUGAGGCUGCUCAAGUCAGGGUACCCAGUGGUAUAUGGCAGCCGAAACCCAAAAAAUUCCACCCUGCUACCAAGUGGAGCUCAAGUCACUACCCAUGCUGAAGCCCUGAAAGAAUCUAACAUCAUUUUCCUGGCAGUUCACAGGGAGAACUAUGAUUUUCUCCCAGCUCUGUCCAAUUUAUUAGAUGGUAAAGUGCUGGUGGAUGUGAGCAACAACCUCAAAAUGAAUCAGUACCCUGAGUCCAAUGCUCAGUAUCUUUCUCAGCUGGUCCCCAAAGCAAUUGUGGUGAAGGGAUUUAACACAGUUUCUGCCUGGGCCCUUCAGUCAGGCAGCCUGGAUGCCAACAGUCAGGUCUUCGUCUGUGGCGACGACACUAAAUCCAAACAGAAGGUGAUGGAUGUUGCCAGGAGUCUAGGCCUCACUCCUUUAGACCAGGGGUCUCUUCUAGCAGCUAAAGAAAUAGAGAACUACCCACUACAGCUCUUCCCAAUGUGGAGGUUACCAUUUAUUAUAACAGCUGGUCUCACAAUAUUCUUCUUCUUAUAUUGUUUGGUGAUUAAGGUGAUCCAUCCUUAUGUGGAAAAGAAUAAGGAUAAUUCCUAUCUGUUGAUGGUUUCCAUACCCAAUACGAUUUUUCCAGUUGUCUCUCUCAUUCUCCUUGGGCUGGUUUACCUGCCAGGAGUGAUUGCUGCAUUCCUCCAGCUCUACAGAGGGACAAAGUAUAAGAGAUUUCCUGACUGGCUUGACAAGUGGAUGCUGUGCCGAAAGCAGCUUGGACUUGUGGCAUUUGCAUAUGGUUUUCUUCAUGUAUUCUAUUCAUUGAUCGCAUCACUUAGGUACUCAGUUUACUGGAGAUAUGUUAAAUAUGUUGCAGAAGAGGUGAAAAAGAACUCGUCCUCAGAACUUAAGAUGGUCUGGACCUGGCGAAGUGAUGCAUUUUAUGCAUCUGGAAUCCUGGGCUUUUCAGUCUUCCUUUUGCUUGGAAUAACCUCCCUGCCAUCUGUGAGCAACACUAUGAACUGGAGAGAAUUCAGAUUUGUACAGUCAAAGCUGGGUCAUGUCACGUUGUUGCUGUGCACGUUGCAUACUGCUUUACUUGGGUGGAAUAAAUUUCUCUAUACCUCACUCUACAGGUGGGGACUUCCACCAACGUACCUCCUGUCCAUGGUGAUUCCAUGCAUUGUGCUGACUCUAAAGCUAGUUCUCAUAAUUCCAUGUGUAGACAGAAUGGUCAACAGAAUCCGGCAAGGUUGGGAAAGGAAAAAGAAAGGCCCAAGUGAUCUCAAUAUCUGAACCAAGUAUUGCACCAGAAUGAGAUGCUUUGUAAAUACAUGAUGUCUUUUCCCGAAUGAAUCUUCAAACAGCAAAAUCAGACACUUCCAAUCUCUUGGAAUAAUCACAUUUAUAAUGCUAUGAUGUGAAUAAAUGAACUUUUUUUCCUCUGAAGUUGGCCUCUCCCCAGUGUUCCAUGCCCUCUUCCACACAAAUGUACCUCAGUCCAUUCCAAAAAGUUGACUCCACUGGUCCAAGUGAACCGGAAUGAUAUUAGGCCCUCAAACAAACAUCAUGGAGUGAUGUGACCAGGCUAGAACAAACUGUGAUCAGGAGAAAUUCUGUUCCUCACAGUCACCCUCCUCUACCAACUUCGUUAGCUGUCAGAAUUUGGUCAGAAAUACUGAUUGUCUCCAAUAUUCAGAAAUGUUUAUCAAUGAUUAAACACAAAAUAAAUCACUUAUAAAAAAACCUCCAAAGAAUUAAAGACAUUGCAAAACACAAAAGAUUUUUAAAAAUAGUGUAUUGCCUUAUACCUUCUUUCCUUCCUUCCCACCCUACAAUCCCCAGUAAAGUGAAAGGUCUCAUUAACCCAGCAAUAGAUUUUGGUGUAGGGCCUAUAGUGGAUUCCACUGAGUUAAUGCUGGGGAGUCUCAGCAAGGUUCGGCCUCGCUUUUGGACUCCAAUGGGAUUCAGGGUGACCAGUGUUGGAUUGCAGCUGGAGAACGGCCAGUAGCACCUGGCCAAGUUCCGCAAAACCUUACUAUCACAACUUGGAGGUACUUACUGAGAAAUGCUGGAAAUCCUAUACAAAAGUGUCAGCAAAAUUGAGCAAUAACUGGAACAAGGAGUUUCUCAAAACUCUAAGAUUAGUGAAGUGAAGACCCAUACUGAGCAUUCCCAAACAAGUCAGCGGUGAAAUCACAAAAUAAUUUGGAUCCUUGUUGAAAUUUAUUCUCCAUCUACCGGUGGGAAUGCUGCAGCGAGGAACAAAAUGUGGGAUGUGGAUAGGACUGAGAAAGGAAUAAUUGGAAACUGGGUGCUCACAGGAUUGAAGGAUAAGGAAGAUCCUGGUAAUUUGCCAUAGAGCCAUAGAAUUAUAGAGUUACACGACACAUUACAUGCCCUCCAGCCCAGCCCGUCCAUAGCAAUCAGGGUGCCUGCCUAGGAUGGUCCUGUUUGUCUGCCUAUGUCAUUUACCCCUCAGAAAUGUUCCUAUUCAAAGUACUUGUCUACGUAGCUUUUAAACAUUUUAAGUUUAUCUGCUUCUACCACUUCUGGCAGCUCAUUCGACAUACCCAACCUCUCUGUGAAAAAACGUGCCGGUCAAAAGCCCUUUAAAUCACUACACUCUCGCCUAUGCCUUCUAGUUGUAGGCUUCCCUGCCCUGGUAAAAUGCCUCUGAGCACCCUCUUAAUUAUGCCCUUCAUGAGUGUAAAAUACUCAUCUGCACUCCAGGGAAUACAGCCCCUGGCUAUUUAAUCCCUACAACUCAGGCUGAUCAGUCCCAUAAUAUCAUAGUGAACAUUUUUUGCAAUUUUUCUUGCUUAAUAAAGCUAUGUGAUUAUAACUGCACACAAUACACUGUGCUUCAUCAUAGACAGGCAAUGGAUCACAUGGGAAGCUGGAGACUGGAUCAGGAUAAUACUGACCUGAUUGACAAGUUGGGUUGACAUGACUUGGAUGCUUGCUAGGGAAAGAGACACGGAUCUUGAUUGAUGGAUUUGUAAUGCUAGGAAAGCAGUUCUUGCUGCUCUUGGUCUACAACCUGCUAUGGCAUUUGGCUCUUGGAUCAGUCUGAUCUCACCACAUUUCCAUUUUCUCAGCCUGACUAAGCGGCUCACAGUUGGGAAAUGCCAACAAGUCCAUGCAGGACUGUCAGCAAAAUCCAGCAGAAUCUAGGACAAGUUCACAGCUAGUCAUCUGCCAGGCUCCGUAAAUCUGAGAAACACACCCACAAUUACAUGUUGCAAUUCCUGGCCCACCUCUCAAGAGCAGGUUAUUCCCCAACAUUUAUCAAGACAUAAGUAAGUUUUCAUUGUUUUAUCUCAAAGUUAUUUGGACAGUUACUCAGAUAGGGAAAGUCUCAAUGUAUAAAGGCCACAGGAAAACAAAUUAGUCUGUCUUAGGUAGGCACCUGGACUGGCAUGGAGGAGUUGGCCAAGAGGCCUGUUUCCAUGCUCUAUAACUCAUGUUCAAUGACUCUAUGACCAAUCAUCAGUAUCUGACCUACACAUCAAUUGGAUUGGCACAAAGGGUCUGUUCCAGUGCUCUACUGUUUUAUGGUCUAUGUUCUAAUCCUUUGAGCUCCCAAUCUUCCAUAAUUCUUUUCCUAGUCCUAUCCACAUUCUGGAUUUUUACUUCCAUUGCAGCAUUCUAGCUGGAAGACGGAUAAAUUUCAAAGAAGAUCCAAACAAUUUUGUGAUUUCGCUAUUAAACUAGUUGGGAAAGCUCAGUUUCAGACUUCACCAAUCUCAGAGGUUUGACCAGUAGGAGAACAGGAUUCCCUCUUAGUUUUUAACCAAAACUAGCACAUUUCUCCCAUUCUUUCCAUAGAAAUAAAAUUAUCUGACCACACCCACUUUCCGCGCUGUUAUGUAUGUUUGUGUUUACUAUCAACAAUUACAUCAUAUUCACAGUUUAAAUAAUAAUAUAAUUAAUUCUUACAAUGACACUGGUCUUAUUCUGGUGAAGCAACUCUAAAUGGACAAUUUUGUGACAGUUUAAAAUGGACAAUGACAACUCA